AUGUCUUCAUCUACUAUCCCGGUGUGGCUUGAUUGCGAUCCAGGACAUGAUGAUGUUUUCGCAAUUCUUCUAGCAGCCCAUCAUCCAUCUUUAAAUCUACUUGGAAUCUCCACAGUCCAUGGCAACUCAUCUUUAGCAAACACUACGGCAAAUGCAGGCAGUGUUCUCGAGGCCAUCGGACGGCCCGACAUCCCAGUUUACCCCGGCUCGAAAAAGCCGUUCAGUCGAGCCGCAGUACAUGCGCCAGAUAUCCAUGGGCACUCUGGUCUCGAUGGCACAGAUCUCUUGCCUAAAGCAAGUCGACCACCUGUUCUAGAUACAAAUCCCAUCCUAGCGAUGCGUAAUGCUCUGCUAGCCCAAUCACCAAAUACAGCUUGGCUUGUUGCUACAGGCACAUUGACAAACAUCGGCCUGCUAUUUGCAACCUUUCCUGAGGUUGCAGGACAUAUCAAAGGCCUGAGUAUUAUGGGCGGCGCCGUUGGAGAAGGCUUCACGGAUGUGCCCAUGAGUCGGCUGCCGGGAGAAGAGUCUCGAGUUGGAAACACUACACCGUGGGCGGAGUUCAAUAUAUACUGUGACCCAGAAGCGUCCCAAUCUAUCUUUUCGAACCCAAUUCUCUGCCCAAAAACGACGUUGAUAGCGUUGGAUUUGACGCAUCAAGUGCUUGCGACUGUUCCAAUUCAGGAACGAGUCCUGAAAACCAGCACAUCACAAGCAUCAACAGCAAGUGAACUACGCCGAAUGCUAUACGAAUUGCUUGUAUUCUUUGCAAACACCUAUCACUCAACAUUCGGUAUGGAAGGUCCGCCAUUACACGAUCCAUUGGCUGUGGCUGUGGUCAUAUCGAAUCUAAACUCCGAUUAUGAGCAAGCCUAUCCGGACAAAGUCCUCAAAUUUGACGAUAGGAACGGAGAGCGUUUUGCCGUGCAAGUUGUGACCGAUGGGCAACAUGGAAACACUCCUACAGUUACGGGACAGCUAGGUCGUACGAUAGCAAAGCCGACGGAAGGGCAAGGGGUAAGCAUCCCUAGAGCUGUAGAUAAUGAAGCCUUUUGGGACUUGAUCCUUUUAUGUUUGGAGCGUGCGGAACAAUGCACCCCGCUGAAAAAGUAG